AUGCUGUGGCUCGCCAUCCUGAUAACGGUGGUGGCCUCCACCGCAUCCUCCAUUGGGAAGGCCCUGCAAAAACAGGCUACCCUGGGCCUGCCUCGGUUUUCCAGGGACCCCAAGGUCCUGCGCCAGUACCUGGCCUGCCCCACCUGGCUGGCCGGGGUCGCCACGGACGUCGCCGGGGGCGUCAUCCAGGUGGCCGCCUUCGCCCUGGCCCCUGUCUCCGUGGUCCAGCCCGUGUCGGGAGUGGGCCUGGUGGGGCUCAGCCUCUACUCCCACGCCGUGCUUGGGGAGCGCCUGUCCCGCUGGGACUGGGCGGCGGCGGCCCUGGCCGCGGCCGGCACCCUGGUGCUGGGGGCCACCUCUGGGGGCGAGGCGGGGGGCCCAGGCGCCGACGCCCCAUCCCCCCUGCGCAUGCUGGGCGUGCUGGGCGGCAUGGCCGCCAUGCUGGCGGUCAUGCUGGCCGCGCCCGCCCGCCAGGCCCAGGGCGCCAAGGGCCGCCGCGCCCGGCCCACCGGCGCGGCCCUGGGCCUGCAGGCCGGGGCAUGCUUCGGUCUGUCCGCGGGGGCUUGCAAGACGGGUGCGAGGGAUCAGGCGUGCCGCGGACGAGGAUUGUUUCUGUGUUUGGGAGGGGGGUUGUGGAGAUGGGCACGCCCUGAUAUUCGGUGCAGCCCAGCGUCAGUGGCCCCCCCGUGCCUGGCCCGGGUGGAUGCCCCACUCCCCCGCUUGUGGAACAAAGCUGAGCAGCCUCGUUGCAUGGCACCUCCACACCCCCCUCGAUCCCAGCACACACCGGGCCAGACCCUUGACGCGGGCAUCGGCUUCACGCUGGCGGCCGCCUGGGGACCGGCGGCUGCCGCGCUGGGGCUGGCCGCCUCGCUGGCGCUCUCCUCCACCGGCUUCGCGCUGCAGACCCUGGGCUUGAAGGACGGCGCGACGGUGGUGGUCUGCACCUCGGCCGCCGUGGGCGCCAUGCUCUCCGGCCUGGCAGCAGUGUUCACACCACAGACAGGGUGA